AUGGGUGUUGACUCGAACAAGCCUCCUCCACUCCCUGCCCCGACCGAGACCGACUCCAUCACCCCCACCGAAUUGGCGACCGAUGUGUCCAGGCCAAACGACGAAUCUUCCCACUACUCUCUCCCCUCAGACGGCACUCCCGUCACCAUCAAAACCCGCGGCCACAGAGCCAAUCGCUCCCAGACCUCGUUGUUGAUCGAGUAUUUCGAGGGUGGCAAGCCUGGCGACUCCAGCUCCGUCAGCCGUAAGCCCAGCGUCCGCGUGCGCUUGACACCGUCAAAGAAGCACCGCCACGACCACAUCCAGAUCACCGAGACCAAGAGCAGCAGCGUCCGCAAGGCCUCGCUGACCCGUCGUGUACAACAACCCUCCAUCACAACCCCGUCCCAUCUGGACGUCGAAGCCCUCGAGGGCGAGGACGGAGAGAGUAUGCGAUCCUACGCCUCCGCCACCGAAGAGUCCAAUGUGUCCAAAAACCCCAUCGACAUCGAGAUCGACCGCAGCGGACGUCGUCGAAGACCAGCGAGCCCGUUGAUCCCAGACGUCGACGCUGCACACGAAUCUACUUACCUGCCUCCAAACCUUUCCGAGAUCUCGGCCAUUCCUAAUGACAGCUUCCUAGACGGCUCUCCCGGCUCGACCGUCUUGACAAAAUCGUCCGAGACUAGACGCAGCAAGAGUUCGACUCGAGGUGGCGAGAUGGCUGCCGGUGUUGCUGGCGCAAUGGCUGGUGCUGCUGCUGCCGACCAAGUGAGGAGCAAAAAGAGACACAGCGGUGAGAGGCGAGUCUCUGGUGAGAAGUUGAAGGAUAAAGACCGCAAGCACCGCUCAAGUAAAAGCCGAACAAGCAGCAUCAGCGAAAAGCAAUCCGAGGCUGGAACGCGAUCGCCUAGGCGACGCUCUAGCCGCAAUCACGUUGACUCGCUCGUGUCUGGGGCAGAUUCCAGCGUUUUAUCAUCCAGCAUUUCUCCCAGCCAUCGCUCGUAUGAUCAGAGCUCUGUCCGCUCUGGAGCCUCCAAGUCUUCCAUCAACAACCCCAAAUUGUUGGAAACCGUCGAGGACGCCAUUCGCCGACUGAUCCUGCCGGAAUUGAGUGCUCUGAAGCGCGAGCAAAGCAAGCGCGAAAGUCGUCGCAGCUCUCUUACCUCCACCGGCACAGGCACAUCCCUUUCUCGGGAGGACCUGGGGGUCGACCGACGCAGAUCCGACAAGCGCAGCGAAUCUGGCCGCGACAGUCGUCACAGAGAGCGCAGAGAUCGCGAGGCCCGGCAUGAAUACACCGAGUCACCUCGCAGCAUCGCCGAGUCUGUUGAGGGAGAGUCAGUACUGUCAGUCGAUGACACUCCACGACGAAGCAAUGGAGCGCUCAAGGCUGCCGCAGGAGGUGCAGCUGUCGCUGGCCUUGCUGCGGCCGCGUUGGAUGCAACCUCGCCACCAGCCGACGACAGAAGACAGCGCAGAAGACGGCGUGCGGAUGGAUCAGCUAGGAGCCGCAGCUUGGGUCGUGAGAAGUACAACGAAGAGUUUGAGGAGGAAGAGGUCCCUGCACCACCAAUGCCCUUGAUGAGUGAGAUCAAUCCUUCAGAGAUGACUCGCACCUCAAUUCUGUCGGUAGAUUCCCUCGCCGACCGCCCUCACUCCGCCAUGGAAGAGAAGGCUGUUAUUCAGGAGGUUGCCAGGGGCAAUGCUGCUUCUGCCGCAUCAACGCCAACACCUACCCAGACGCCAGCAGCUCAAACACCAACUUCCAAUUUGCAAAUUCUGGGCACGAAACACGCCAACGUGUCGCAUGGUGAUUUGAGAGAGCUGUCCCGCACCAGGACCGGAGAACUCACCGAGCAGCGUGAGGUAGACGAUUACAGCAGCCCCAACCAGUCGCGGAUCGAUGAUUAUGACGACUACGAUGACCGAAGCCGUGUGGAUGGUGACGGCGACUAUGACGAUUCCAACGAGUUCGACUACUACAACACCCAGGAUGUACCGCCUCCUCUAAAGUAUGUCCCGUACCAACCCGAACGCCGCGGCCUGAGCCCCAUCUACAGUGUUUCUGGAUACACUGAGGCUGGAAGUGAGACCGCUGCUCAGCGUGAUUCCCGAAUGUCGCAUGGCACUGCAUCACCGACAAAGUCCCACCCCUCUCAACCGGACAUGAGAGCUUUGUCUCCUUCGUCAUCGAUACCCAGCAACGUAAUGGGCAGAGGCUUCGACGAACAAUCUGAAUUCAGCGUCAUAGAACCCGGUCACGGCUUCCCCAACAGCGAGUUGACGCAGAACAGCGAGGCUGGCUACAGACAGAGCGAGCUGACACAGGACAGCGAACCUGGGUACAGGCAGAGCGAGCUUACGCAGGAUAGCGAGGCUGGAUACAGACAGAGCGAACUCACGCAAGACAGCGAGGCUGGAUACAGGAACAGCCAGCUCACGGAGAACAGCGAUGCUGGUUACCGCAACAGCCAGUACACCGAAGGCAGUGAUGUCUUGGGAUCCGGCCAGGCCGUACGCGGUAUUAUGGCCAACCCCAACAUUAUCCACGUAGCGAACGGCGUGGAAUCGAAUGUCGCUUCCUUGAUCGACGGGUCCAUGCUCGAUCAGUCUAUCAUGACCACUGGAUCUGGUUACGAGUACGGAAGGGAUUCUCAAGUCUCUUACGGAGACUCCAACGUUUCGUACGAUGACCAGCCUAGCAAGCUUAACAUUCGAUCGCGCGAGGUCAGCCCCGAGAAGGGCUCCGUCGCUAGCCACCGUGAAUUCUUCGAGCAGCGUGAGCGUGAGAGCAGCCGGACGCCUACCUCUAGCCGCCAGAGCAGGUCAAGAGAGUUCAAUGGAGAGUACGACCUCGAUGAGUACGGUAGGAAGGUUGCUCCUUUGAGGUACAAGAACUCCCCAUCUACCUCAACAAGACACUCGCCCACGGCUUCCGAGAAGGCGAUUGCCGCAGGAGCCGUUGGCGCUGCCGCUGCCGCUCUGAAAGCUGCGAAGGAUAGGAAGCAGCCAACUGUUGAAGAAGUCGAUGAGGAACAAGACGAGUGGGUUGGUGACGGCAUCGGACGAAACAAGUCUUUCAAGCAGCGAACUAUGGAGGGACGCGAGCCCAACCACACUCCGGCUCACAGUGUCGACCGCCUCGACUUGGAAGACCAGCCAAAGAUGGGUGCUAGUGCCAUGCCCGCCUUGCAUGAUCCCAUGCCUGAGGUCGGAUACGUCGACGACGACGCCUUGACCAACCCGUCUCUCGUCCGCGAACCCCUUGGCGGUAGCGAUAAUGACGACCACGGUCACUGGCCUGGAGACGUUACCCCUCGCCAGAGCGAUGUCGGCACAUUUGAGGAGUACAGUGAAAAGCAUGGCCACGGCUUGGGCAUGGCCGCCGCCGGUGCUGCCGCAGGGGCUGCUGUCGGUGCAGCUUUGGCUCACCACCGCCAGCCAAGUCAAGAACACGAGGAUGAGUGGCGGCGCACAUCAGCCGAGCGGAAGCGGGACACUGUCAUCACAAACCCGUAUGACGGUGCCAGCCCCAUUGACAAUCCCGACCUCCUCGGCGCCCGUGGCUUCGAUGAUGCUUACGAUGCUCAUUACCAUGGCAGCCCUGUUCACAAGAACCUGGACGAAGGCUACAUCUCCCAGGGCCCCCUUCAAUCGCCCAACGGCCAGCCCAAGGGCAAGGCUCUUAUGCCUUUUAACGAUCCCGGUGCGGAGGAUCCCUUCUACAUGCCCCAGCACGCGAGGCACCUCAAUGGCAUGUCUCAGGGCAUGGCCUCUCCCAUUUACGACGCUUCCACCGGAAACGGGAUCGACAGCAUCGAGUCCAAGGACAUCAUCGCUCUUAUGCAACAUCUUAUGGUCCGCGACGCCCAAAGAAGCGCCCGAGACACUGAAAUUCUCGUCACACUCGUCCGUUCCGCAGCUGAGAUGCGCAACUCCUUUGAGGACCUCAAGAAGCUCCUUGCCAACACUGAAGACGUCAUUAUCAAGGAGGUCCAGGAGAACACCGAGGAGACGGUCAAGAACGUUAUCGGCGGUCCCCGUCCCUACCCCGGCAGCCUUCCCCCGCGAUCCAUCAAGGGCCUGAGUGGUGCAGCUUCCCAGCAUAGCACCCUUGAUGAGACGACCAAGAAGAGUAACUUCUUCCGCAAGGCUCUCAAGGGUCUCAGCAAUAAGGGCACAAACGAUCUUGGCAGAAUUGAGGACAUGUUGAACCAGCUUUUGAGCGAGGUCGACACCCUCAAGGCCCAGACUGUGCGACCUGGCGGUGGUCAGUCUUAUGAGAAUCUUGGCCAAGAGAUGCAGUACGAGCAAGACCGCGGUUACGAGCCUGAAGGCCAAGCUGGCACCUCCUCCACAAGCCAUGGCUCGGGCAUGUCUUCCUUUGCCCAGUCGCGUGGUCCUUCAAAGAUGGGAUACGAACCCAACCGUAUCAGCACGGUCCACGAAGACAAUGAGGAGGAAUACCACCAGGGUCUGCAGACUCCUAGAAGUGAAUUCCAGCGUGCCGACUCCAUGCCUCUUAGUACACCUCCCCAACAACCCCACACGCGCAACGCAUCAAUGAGCAACGAGAACACACCAAAGACGGAGAAGGCGAAGAAGCACAAGUCCCGAGGAUCCUCCAGCUGGUUCCCCAAGAUUUCCCGGUGGUCUGAGUCGACAGCUACGAGCGUCGGCAAAGCCUUCCGCAUGAGCGGUUCCAGCAAGAAAGACCAAGAAGAAGAGUUCCUUCAGCACCCUCCCUCCAGGUCCGGAUCCGACUUCUAUCAAGAUGACUACCAGAGCGACCAGCUGCACUCUGGCUUCUCCCAACAGGACCUCGUUCCUCCCCAGCGGCUUGAGACCGUCCCGCCUGCGCCUGGCACUUACAUGACCCCUGAGGAUCCCAAAUACAAGGCACACCGUAACUCGGUCAACCUCCAGCAUCCCCAGCCACGCCAAGGACAGACCGAGAGAUUCAAGGCAGCAUUGGAGAGCCAAGCCUACGAGUACGACACGCCGAUGUCGCCCAACACUGCCGACUGGGCCGGUUCGGCUACCAGUUUGAACCGCUUCCCGGCGAAUGCCAACAACCGCUACAGCAAUUCCGGCGCUGGCACCGGCGAGUACUGGAACUCGUCCCCUGCAGGUCCUCCUCGGCCCCCUAAGGAGCCCAUUGAUGACAGGGCCACAACCCCUUCAAGGGCCACAACUCCCUCCAGGGCUACUACGCCUUCCAAGGCCCGCAUCUCUAAGCUGGCAUCGAAGACCAGUCCUCUCCCCUACAACAGCGUUGAGAGCGGCUAUGGCACCGGGCCGGGCACCCAGCCCAGCAACUACACCGACAGCCCCAAGCUGGAGAACCGUAACCUCAACGCCGCUCUUGGCAUGCCAACUCGCAGGCCCAGUGGACCCCGGGCCAUGACCCCCAAGAGUGCGGAGGAGGAAGCCGCCAGGGAAGAGCGACGUCGCAAGAGAGACACUUUUGGCACUGUCGCAAGCAACGAGACCGACACGUUUUAG